AGAGAGCCGCCACAGUUCAUCACAUCUGCCUUCACCGAGUUUGGAAAGUGGAUGGACGGAUGGGAGACGAGGAGGAAGAGAACACCUGGUCACGACUGGUGCAUUAUCCAGCUGGGAGUCCCAGGUUUGAUCCAUGGCUUUGAUGUCGACACGUCCUUCUUCACAGGAAACCACUCACCCUACAUCUCCAUCCAGGCCGGAUGUCUGGACCAGGAGCCUCCUUUCACCCUGGAAGGAGACCGAACUGGCAUGGCUGCCUCCGAUAGUCAGAUGGCAGCUGUUGCCAAGCUGGGAUCGGAGGUGUGGCCAGAGCUGGUUAGUGUGUCGCAGCUGCAGCCUGGAUACUCGGACUGCUGCCAUAACUACUUCAAAGUCAGCUUCAGCAGGAGAGUGACACACCUGCGCCUCAACAUGUACCCAGAUGGAGGCAUAGCCAGACUGCGGGUGUACGGUGUUGGGCUGAGGGACUGGUCAUCUGUCUCCACCAAUCAGGAUGUUGACCUAGUGGCUCUGACCAAUGGAGGAGUCUGCCUCGGCUACAGUGAUGCCCACUUUGGACAUCCACGCAAUAUGAUUGGACUUGGUCGAGCUGCCAACAUGGCCGAUGGAUGGGAAACGGCCCGCAGACUGGACCGACCCAAAAAACUGCAGGCAGACCAGCGUGGGAUCCUGCAGGUUCCCGGCUGGGAGUGGGCGGUGUUUCGUCUCGGUCAUCCCGGACUGAUCAGCAGCGUUGAGGUCGACACCAACCACUUCAAAGGAAACUUCCCAGACUCAUGCAGGAUCGAGGCAUGCACUUUGACCCCUGAGGAGAAGGCUCAGUGUAUCAGCAGUAGGUGGAAUCCUGGGAAAUGGAGGGUCCUUCUCCCUCCUCAGAAGCUCCGCCCUCAUCACAUUCAUCACUACGGCAAGAUGGAGCUGAAACUGAGCCAUCCUGUCACCCACGUCCGACUUAUCAUCGCUCCGGACGGAGGAAUCAGCCGCCUCCGUCUGUGGGGUCGACCCAUACCAUUCACUGCAACUCUGGCCAGUAAGAAGUGGACAGUGUACAAACUGUGACACCCAGAUGACCUCAGACCUUCAGGGCUUUUAAAAAAUUAAGCUGCUAUUGAUCUGCUGGUUAUUGAUUUCCUUUUGUCUGGUCCUCUGUCAUUAGUUCUCAUCCAUCCAUCUUAGUUUUCUCUCCCUCAGGCUCAAGGUCAACUUUAAUCAUCUUCCACCUUCCAGCCAACACCCUGACCCCCACCUCCAAUGAUUCUCCAGGACAUUUGUCCUUUGAAUGAGUCUGAAAUGUCCAAUUAUGAUUGCGCCUCCUUCUUUCCCCGUCUGUUUGAGAUUUAAAGACAUUAACCGGAAACAUCUGGGCCUGACACACAGCUCCAGCUGUGGUAUGCUCCUACACACAGUGCUCACGAGCGGCAGCAGAACGACACCGUCAGGAGGGGUCAGGGGUUGGGAGUAGCUGCCUCAUCAAUAGCUGUGCUCAGUUGUUCUUACUCCCGCAGUCAAUUAUAGUAGCCCCUCCUCCACCUUCGUGUUGGCUCACGAAGCUGCUGUGAAUGGUGGAGGUGGUGUAGCUCAGACACAUGUGACAUGUGUUCACACUGGAUUCACGUCACAUGUAGAACCCUCACUCUGAUAUUUCUGGAUUUUCAGUCUCUGGUUUCGGUUUCUUUUCCAUGUUUUAGUUAGAUCAUCUCCGCUGGCUUCAGUGAUUCCACGAUCACUUAAAGCACAUACAUUUAAAAACACCUGACACGCUUCGGAUGUGAAAGAAGGAAUGGGUUUGUUUACUUCUGUAAAAUAAAGCUGUGACAGCCAAAGUUUGAUUUCACUCUAAACAUGAAAACAACAUAAAGUCACUAAUAAAUGAACAGGUUUAACUUUAUUUACAACCUGCCCUCUAAUCAAAAACACCGCCUCCUCCACCUCUCUGUAAAACCUCUGACUGUUUUUCAUUAUUAGGGGCGUGGCCUCUGUGACUGACACGUGGAUGGUGACACAGGCAGCUGUAGCUACUAUCUGUCUGCUAGCUUCAGCUGAACUGGACCUCUGGACCCUGUCUGUGCUGUUGGCCUUUGGAGCAUUUUAAUGACAUCAUGUGACCAAUCACAGGGCU